AUGACCCUAACUUGCCCCACCGUGGGGAGGGUGCUGGCUGGUCUGUGGGCUUCGGCCCAUUUUGACAGUACUACCUACACUGGGACUUUUGACUCGCGUGUCCACAUGACAAGGUACAAGGCAGCCAUGGUAAUGACCGGGGCAGGCGAUGCCAUAGUGUGCAGAGUGUUUUUGUCCACUUUGGAUGGAAUCGCCCAAGAUUGGUUCAACACGAUUCCGGAUGGUUCGAUCCAGAACUUUAUGGAGUUAUCCAAACAUUUCUUGACUUAUUUCUCCAGGCAUAUACAAUACAAGAAACCAUUUUCACAUCUGUAUGGAGUAAAGCAUGACAAUGGUGAAAGCUUAAGAAAUUUCUUAAGCAAAUGGAAGAGGAAAGUCAACAAUGUGUGCGACUUUGAUUCUAAGGCGGAAAUCCUCAUGUUCAUCCAGGCAUUGAGGUUAGGAAAUUUUCAUAGACAGCUGAACACUCACCAUCCACGCUCCUAUGAGGAGUUAAUGAGGAUAUCAAACCGCUAUGCCGAGGCCAAGGAGGCUGAUAGAAAGAAGAAAGACGAGGAAGAGAGCAGGAGGAGUGGGCGACCUGACAAAGUUGGUCCGACCAACCACGUACCAUGCCCAAACCAGUUAUCCGCAACGAAGGGAAAAGUUCAAGAAAGGCCUCGUCUCGCCCCACCGUGA